UGAAUAUGAAAGGAAAUGCGUACUUACGCGGGUGAAUAAAGUAAGUUUGAAUACACGAUUUAACCUAGAGAAACCGAAAAAGAGGAGCAGGAAGAGAAUCGGUUGUAACGUAUUGAAGCGUGCAUGCAUUCUUCACAGUGAUUACUUAAGUACGGUACGAAAAAAUGACAAUUAAUCCGACGCUAGCUGAAGAUCAAGUGACGCGGGAGUUAUUUCCCUUACCGAGACCUGGCGAGGUUUUCAUUUUGAAGCGUGAGAACAUUUAUUUAUGGCUUAUUGUUAGUACAACACGUUAUGCCUUAUUGCUAGAACAUUUAUUUAUGGCCAAAUGGGUAGUACAACACGUUCUUCAACACAUGUUCAUCACUAGCGUGAUUCAGUGACUAAAAUAUGAAAGUCAUUCCGAACCGACUAACAUCAUCAUGAAAGUCAUUCGUAGCCAGUGACCAAAAUAAAAGUCUAACUUCUUUCCAGAGCGGCAGUCGAAAAGCCGUUUGUAAAGCAACGGGAUUAUUCAUGCUUUCCUCUCAACGAUUCGUCUUUGUCGCUCAAAGAGACAAAAAUAAAGAAGAUUUUGGGAGUUUUGAGGUAUUGAAAGAAGAUUUUGGGAGUUUUGAGGUCUAUUGAAAGAAGAUUUUGCGAGUUUUGAGGUGAUGACAUUCACUUUUACUAGGAACAAAUAGACUUUGUGAUCAAUUGUACUUUUCACUCCGUAAAACUUCAUACUGAACGAAGCUUUUCUUGGCACCUAAUUCGUUUGAGUUGACGUGCUCGCUUUUUAUGUCAACAGACUCACUAGCUCCUCAUCUUAGUUCUUGAUUUUAUCCUACUCCUACAAAAAGACCUUUAGAAUCCGUCUUUCUCAGAUCCCCCUCGAGGCGAUUUUGAAGCAGGAAUUCCAGCAGCCCAUAUUCGGAUGUAA